UGGCCCGGCCCGGCCAUGCGGCCGCUCCUCAUCCUCCUCAUUCUCCUGCUGCCCCUCGGCCGCGCCGCCGCCCCCGGCCCGGCCAACAGCACAGAGGCGCCGCGAGCGGCCACGGGGAACGGGACGCGGCCGUCGCCGGAGACGCAGCGCCCGCCCGGGCCGGGGCUGCUGGCGGGGCCGGGGCUGCCGGUGCUGAGGCGGGCGGUGUAUGUGCUGAGCGCGCUGUCGGCGCUGGCCGCGCUCUAUUUCGUGCUGCGGGCGUUCCGGUUGAAGAAGCCCCAGAAGAAGUACGGGCUGCUCUCGAGCCACGACGAGAACAUCGAGCUGGGCUCCCUCGACAGCGACGAGGACACCGUGUUCGAGACGCGGAACCUGCGGCGGUGAGGGAGGGUUUGAUGACUCGGGACCAGCAGCACCACUUGCCUGGACUGACGGAGGGUCCAAGCCCAGUGGAAUCUCCAGUGCUCAAGUUUCACAUCUGCUUACAGUGACUAUUAAUUAACAGUUCAAACCCUUCCAUGGCUGGGGCAGGGGAAAGGGGACCAAACCUGUUUUCUUCACAUGCAUUUUUGGGGACAUUUCUGGGGAAAGGCGGAGCUGAGGUGUCUUGGGAGCUGCUCACUGCACGGGGAGAUGCUGAGGUGCUGCUCCUGGAUGAUGCUCAGCCCGUGAAAUGCGAGCUCUGGGCCAUGCCCAGGGUGUUGGUGUUUCAGGGUGCUCAUAUCUCUCUGUCUCAGCCCUAGGGGUCAGCUGGAAGCAUCAGAUGAGGGGAUUCCUUUUCCAGGCUGACCCUCUUUCCUUCAUGCAAUAUCAGGUUACUUCUUUGGAAAGUGUCUCUGCAAUGAGCUCCAGCCCAGGAGGAGCUGGGAGAGCUCUGGGUGUCUGUUACAAAACGGGGUAGGGGUGUGAGAGCUCAGACAGAACAGCUUUGGGAAUGAGUUAAAUGGGUUCGAUUUUGCAGGAUUAGCAGUUACACGGAUAAUCUGGGUCAUUCUCGGGUUUACAGACAUGUUUACGAAUGAGAGGGGCCACAACCCAAAGGGGUGUUUCUCCAGAAGAGCCACAUCCCUGUGGUCUGUGGGGCUGGGAGUGCCUGGACUGUUCUGCCCAGCCCCAGUCGUGUGCUCACCAGGGACACGUGUGCUCACCAGGGACACGUGUGUGACACCAGGGACACGUGUGUGACACCAGGGACACGUGUGUGACAUCUGCCAGGGUCUGGACUUUGAGACACCUGGGGAAGAGCCAGGUGUGAGUUGGACCACCUGAAUUGCAGGUGUGAGGAGUGUCCUGGAGCAGCUGAUGCCUGGAAAAAGGGGACCCCGACCCCUGUGACUGUGAUUCAGGACAGCCCUGAACUGUGAGUUAUCUCCUCAAGGGUGCUGGAGUUUCACUCCAUUGCUGGUACUCAACUGGGAUCUUUCCUGCAGCCCAUUGUGUGGAUAUUUGGGAUCUGAUUGUGUAGGACCAAAGGUGAAUGUGUCAGGAGGUCGCUGUCGGGUGGAUCUGCUGCUAAAACAGUGAAAACUGCUUGCCAA